AUGAAGUCUCUGGUAGUAAUUCUGAUUGUAGCCUACAUCCCGGUGGUAUUCGCUAGUGAGUAUGAUCGCCUUAUAGUGUUUUACUUGUUCACAUUACUGUGAUCUUUGUUUUUCGUUCCGUGUUGAUCUUCUUAAGCAGGCAGGUAAGCAGGUUUUGUCGACGCAAUGAGGCUAACGCUCCCUUAUUCUCUUCUUUGUAAACAACGCUCCAUUAGAGCACCCAGAAAUCGUGUAAUCCUACCAUACUUUGAUAGGAUUAUCAGUAUUUUUGCCCUGUGGAACAUGACACAGUGGUCAGGAAACCAGAAACUCUUCGUAGGGCUAGGGUGGUCGAUAGCUCUUUUUCAAAAAUUUAAAAACUGAUGUUUGGAGCUGGGUGUUUCGGAGUAUUGGGUUUCCAAAACAUGGACGGGCCUCUGUACAGUUGAAUAGUACAGUACCUUAGUAUAACACUGCUUGGAACUCCUUUCCAAGAAGUCAUGUCAUUUUUUCCAUUUAAAUGAUAUGAGUGAGACAUGUCUUGAAGCAAUUUNAAACAACGCUCCAUUAGAGCACCCAGAAAUCGUGUAAUCCUACCAUACUUUGAUAGGAUUAUCAGUAUUUUUGCCCUGUGGAACAUGACACAGUGGUCAGGAAACCAGAAACUCUUCGUAGGGCUAGGGUGGUCGAUAGCUCUUUUUCAAAAAUUUAAAAACUGAUGUUUGGAGCUGGGUGUUUCGGAGUAUUGGGUUUCCAAAACAUGGACGGGCCUCUGUACAGUUGAAUAGUACAGUACCUUAGUAUAACACUGCUUGGAACUCCUUUCCAAGAAGUCAUGUCAUUUUUUCCAUUUAAAUGAUAUGAGUGAGACAUGUCUUGAAGCAAUUUAUUCAGUUAAUUAAUUUGAAUGCUCAAAACUACCCAGUUUUCUAACUUAUUCCUCCCAGUUUACUAUUGGAAGACACGAUUCUAGUCAAUUCUUUACCGCUUUUGUUCAUGUUAACCCCUUUCGCAAUGUAAACCAACAAGCCGGAAUCUUACAAGGCUGUCUCUUGUCAAUGUAAGACAUCAAGCAAGCCGCCGCCCUGAAAAAACGACAAUAAACGCCACCUGACCGGGGACUUGGUAUUCAGUAGCAUGCUACGGCGGCUUUGUAGUUAAAACUGAUAUUGAUACUUAAAGAUACCAAUAGCAAACAGCUUUUUAAAAAUGGAGUACUUUGCUUUCGCGAAACCAGAAGAUCGCACCCGGUAUGAUAGCCAACCAUAUGUACUUUGGUAAGGCUAAACAUUUAACUUAAAUUAUAUGGCCACUUUGCAAUUCUAAGAUUAUUUUUGCCUUGUUUUCGAGUUAUCGGAGAGUUUUGUUCUGAUAGACGGACACGGCUGAGGAAAAAUCGGGUCGCCAUGGCAAUGCAAAAUGAAACUUAUUUGUUUUACAUUUCAGUCCAUCCAAUUCCCAGAUUUCCUCUUCCAUGCUCAACCCUUAACGCUGCAAAAAUGAUUCUGCAACUUAUUACAUGAAGUAAAUAAAAAGAAUUUCGACUCUCUUCUGUUGUCAUGGACCCUCACCCUAUAACUGGAUUGAUGGAAAACGUUUAAAAAAGAAACUUGACGAAAGAAAAUAUUUGUUCUUCCUAAAAGCUUGGCUUUAAAGAAUAACCAGCAUACUUUAAAAUAUGUUUGAUGGAAAGAAGUAAGCUAAUUGAGAGUUCGUCACGCACUAAAUUUAGUACGAACUGAGGAAUCAAAUUAUCAUCGACAGAUGGUAAGCGCUAGAUGUUGCAGGCAAGACACUGCACCAGUUUCGGCAGUUUACUUAAAUAAUUUAACACUUUUUUUUCAGGGAUGCUUCCUCUCUUCGAAAAUCUUCAACGGUAUUACCCCGGCAACGUAGAUUAUGGAGGAGCGUACAGUGACUAUGACGUGUUCAAGGCGGUCAAUCUCUCCUCUCGCACUCACAACAACGACGCCUGUAUACUGCGCAUGAGCGUGGCACUUAACUUGAACCCAGGUCACCAAGUGCUUAAAAAGUACAACGGAAGUGCAAAGGGCAGUGGUGGCAUAUAUUACUUCUAUGACAGAAACGCGUUCUUGAACUACCUUGAUUUGAUGUAUGGAUAUCCCCUGUGGUCGAAUACUACUGAAGCGUUUAGGUACCAACAGGGAAUAAUGUUUGUUAAUGUCACUGGUGAAGAGAAGUCGAAAGAUGUUUGUAGCGUUCUGCUAUGGAAUGGCAAGAGUUUUCAUCAAGGGAAAGGCCUUCUGCAUCACUAUCGUAUUAAUAAGGUGUAUUUGUGGCCUGCUCAGACAGGUGAGCCCGGCUUGGAACAACUUUCUUUUGUUGCUUUACUCAAUGUUUAUGAAAGUAAGAUCGAGUCGCUAUGUAAUUCUGCCUUGUACUUAGGUGUCCCUCCAACUAUUUAACAAAUAGAGUACUUUAUAGGCAGCCAAAUGUGAAGUGGUAUCAGCCUAUAUUUGUUCUUUCCAGGUGGUUGUAAAAUCGAUGUAAAUCUGAAGCAGAGUACAUGUUUUCCAUCCUCUUCUAAAGUUGAGCUCAAAUCUGGAAAAAAGAUUGCCAUGAAUGAGCUUGCAAUUGGUGACUUGGUGAAAACUUAUUCUAAGGAUGGGGAGGUCCUGUUUAGUCCUGUAGUUACGUUUCUGGAUCAAAUGCCGAACUAUAGAGGUAACGUUCACAAAUCGUAGUCUUAUCUUUGAGUUUUUAGAAUUGCUUAUCAACCCCGGCUUUUCGUUUUCAUUUAUCAGAAAGGCAUACGUUCUGUUCAUUUAUACGGUACGUACGAGAGAUGAAAAAUGACCUUAUUUACAAUCCGCAAGAAAUGACGUUAACUUUCCAUUGUUUGGGCAGCAUGACUAGAAAUGAAAACUUUGUAAGUUAUGGACGCAGUUGUUCUUUUCAAAGCUCCUCUAAGCCAUAACCGUUCGCUUCUUUUACUUACCUACCUUGCCUAUGAUUUUGUAGGAGAUUUCUACACAAUCACGACCAUCUUCAAUGUUCAAGUAACCCUCAGCGAAGCUCACCUUGUUUUUACUACCUGUCCCCUGUCGGAUGGGCGGCUCACAGAUCACUCCACUCAUGCGUCCAGAGUCAGACCCGGUGACUACAUUCUGGUUAAUACUCGAUGGGGACUCAUUCCCAUGAUGGUAGAGUCUGUUUCGGUAGCUGAAAGAAAGGGGGCUUUUGCGCCCGUUACCCAAGAAGGGACCAUGGUUGUGGACGGCAUUUGGGUGUCUUGUUAUGCUGAUAUCGCUGAUCAUAACUUGGCCGAUUCUUUAAUGACACCUUUGAAGAGGUUUUACAGCUUGUCCCCUCAUGUGCUAGGUACAGGAGGCAAGUACGUACACGGUUACUUGAAAGACAGUCUUCGUCAUGUUGGUGUUAAGAUCUUUGGAAAAGAGAAGUUCUAUCAGCAGGGCCCAAAGGAGAUAGUUUUGAGAGGGAAAGAGACAUCCUUGGAGUCUCUCUUUAUCAGGAAAGACAGAAAUAAGUGA